AUGGAUACAAUGGUUGAGUCGGAAUCCGAUGGAGAAUAUGAAUAUGAAUAUGGCACAGAGACUGAGACCUUUUAUCUCAACCUGGACCUGACCGCCCACCAUGGCCCAGUGCGCCCCCCACGUCGUCGUCCAAAGGAAGCAGCAUCUUUGGAGAAUACACAGAACCCCGCAGACGAUAUGAGCCAAGGAUUUCCAAGCGAAGCUUACCAUCCGAUCGAGAGCGCCGAGACAAGCAGCCUCCCCAACGAGCGGAUCCAAAUUCUCGACCUUCACACAACCAACCCAAUCAUCUCAUACUACAACCAAAUGUUCAGUUGCUCCUGGGCUGAUCAAAUUGGCACUGAGCUAGUUUUUGCCAGCCCAGAAACAGAAACCGACACAGAAAAUCACUUCCCGCCAUCGCUACACCGUGGACCAUCCUACGAACUUGUAGCUGCCAACAGCGUGAAGAUACUCGGUCGGAAGGCACACCUUGCCCCCAGCGCUGGACCAACAAUAGCCCAAGGCUUUACCGAAGGACCCAACGCAGGCCCUGACCCAGAGUCCGCGUCUUCUCAAGGAGCCGAUCACCUCGGCGUACCCCGACGUCCCACAGGGCAAUCCCACCAGGCGCAGUUCCUCCACCGUUUGCAGCAGAUCAAAAACGCCAAAGGAGAGGGUGAUACCGUUCGCACAGUCAUGAGUACACGUCGGCAGGUGAAUAUGGCGGACAGACAGCAAGGCUGGGCCCGCACCGAGGCACAGCUCGCCGAGAUCGAGCGGUUGAACGAACGUGCUUCGAGGGGGGAUUUAGAGGCCAAGGCGACCCUUGAGCUGCUGAUUCAAGAACUCAAUCAAGAGCUGAAUCCUGAUGAGUCACAGUCUGAUUCUGACUCGGAUUUGACAUCUGACAGUGAUGAUCUUACCUCAUGA